AUGUCUCCACCAAUGAGUAUUCCUCCGAGUCGAUCUACCCUGGUAGACAAUCAACCUCCUCGCCCAAGGCUGGAAAAUGACUUUCGACGUGACAGCCACGAUUCUGAUCAAGGAAAAGCUGCGCCUCUACCAUUACUCUAUCCUCCAACUCCACUUCCCCCAGUGAUCUUGCUCGAAGGCCGAACGAAGGAUAAGGUCACCCAGCGCAUUCUUGAGGAAGAGGAUCUUGAAUCGCUGGAGAAGGCGAAGAUCAAAGAAAUUGAAGAAAGUAAUGGAUGGAGGUUCACUAGUGAUACGGCGGGAAAAAUGUAUUUAAAAAUUCAGGAUAAGCAUAAAAGCAUCUUCAUCGCAUGCAAUGACUUUGCAAGAGAGUGUAAGGAAGCGAUCCAAUCAGCCCCACGAGCUGAUUCGCGAGUGGAUUCGAAGAGGAAAGGGGCUUCAGCUCCUAGUCUUAGUAUCUUGCUGACUCCGGAAAAGAAAGCACAGCAUCUGAAGAGAUUGACUACAUUAUUGACGUCAAAGAACAGACAUGCCCAGUACUGGACAGUCGAAGAUCUUCCCAAUGAAUGGCUCAAGAUUGACAAUGAGGCUUUGUGUUCAAAAGAAGACCGAGCGGUACUGAUUGAGAAGGUCGAUAAGAAGAAAAAAGCCCUUGAGAAGUCGAAGCCUGGGGGCAAGGUAGAAGAUGGAAAGUCUAAAGAAGGACACAGACUUCCAAUAAACGACGUGAGAAGAACAAGUGAUGAUAGGCAAAGAGAACGUCGUCAAGGGCCCGUAAAUAAGUUCGAACUUGAAGGAGUGAUCGAUAAUGGGAUGCGAAGAAGCAGUAGAGAAAAACUUGAUGGGAGAGCUCAUGAGGGACGCCGAGUGCCAGAAGAUGAGCUCGAAAAGGCAAAAAUGAUAUCCAAAGAUAGGACAAGAAUCCAUGACACAAAGGUCGAUGGGAGAAUCAAAAACAUACAGCAAGCACCAAUAAGUGGGGUUGGAAAGGAGCAGACUGUUGUUGAGAAACCAAGAGGUAAUACUAGGACGGAAAUCGAUGAAACAUCCAAUGAAGGACGUCGAGUGUCAGAAGAUGAAGCCGCGAAGACAAGGACGGCCAUUGCUGAGGAUUCCAGACCUCAUGGCAGAAAAGAAUUGGAUGAGAAAUCCAAAGGGGAACGUCAAGUGUUAGGAGAUGAGAUUGCAAAGAAAAAAUUGGUUCCCGGCAACAGGCCGAGAGCUGGUCACCCAGAAGUCGAUGGGAGACUCAAGAAUACACACCGAGCGCCAAUGAACGGUGAUCAAAGGGGACAGAUCCUUGUCGAGAAACUUAAAGCUGGUAGCAAGGUCGAGGAUGAUGUUAAUUCUAAUGAAGGUAAUAUACUACCUAAUAAGAGGCAUGGCUCAGCCGCAAUAGAUGAAGUCGGAAAUAGACGGGCAGUGGCGGUGGAUAAGUCAAGAAUUGCUAAAGUAGAAAGUGAUUGGAGAUCCAAAGAUAAUAAUCACCUGCUACCUAAGAAGAGACAUGGAAGUCAGUAG